AUGCCAGCUCCCCGAACAGAAAAGGAAGUCCAAGGUUUCCUUGGGCGAGUUAAUUACAUCUCCAGAUUCAUAUCUCACCUGACAGCUACCUGCGAACCGAUUUUCAAGUUGUUGAGAAAGAAUCAAUCGAUUAUGUGGAAUGACGAUUGCCAAUGGGCAUUCGACAAAAUAAAGAAGUACUUACAAGAACCACCAAUCCUGGUACCACCGGUUCCUGGUAGACCACUCAUCAUGUACCUGACAGUGUUGGAUGAAUCUAUGGGUUGUGUUUUGGGUCAACAUGACGACACAGGAAAGAAAGAACAUGCUAUCUACUAUCUCAACAAGAAAUUCACUGAAUGUGAGACCCGAUACUCACUUUUAGAGAAGACUUGUUGUGCCUUGACUUGGGUUGCUCGACGCCUGAGGCAAUAUAUGAUUUGCCACACUAAUUUAUUGAUAUCCAAGAUGGAUCCAAUAAAGUACUUAUUUGAAAAACCUGUUGUUACUGGAAGAAUUGCCCGGUGGCAAAUGCUGCUCACCGAGUAUGAUAUACAAUAUGUGACCCAGAAAGCAAUAAAAGGGAGUAUUAUGUCUGACUAUCUAGCUCACCUGCCUGUUGAAGGCUACCAAUCAUUAAAGUUUGACUUUCCAGAUGAGGACAUCGUGUUUAUCAGAGGUUUUACUAUGCCAGGCUUCGAGGUAAGCCUCGAACCAGGAUCGCGAUGGACGCUCGUGUUCGAUGGUGCUUCCAAUGCCCGAGGUCAUGGUAUAGGUGUUAUUAUCACUUCUCCAACUGGUUUCCACAUCCCCUUUACCGCCAGAUUAUGUUUUGACUGCACCAACAAUAUGGCAGAAUACGAAGCAUGUAUCUACGGUUUAGAGGCGGCGGUCGACUUGAGAAUUAAAAUCCUUGAGGUAUUCGGUGAUUCAGCUCUAGUAAUCAGUCAAGUGAAAGGCGAUUGGGAGACUCGAGAUAGCAAGUUGAUACCCUACAAAGAGCAUAUCAGAAAACUGAUCCCUUACUUUGAUGAGAUCUCCUUUCAUCAUAUUUCUAGGGAAGAAAAUCAGUUAGUAGAUGCUUUAGCUACGCUGGCAUCUAUGUUUAAAGUCAAAUGGAAGAAUGAGGCACCAUCCGUCCAGAUUGACCACUUAGAUGAACCUGCACAUUGUCUAGCAAUUGAGGUUGAUCCUGACGAUAAGCCUUAG